CCCUUCACAACUCGCUUUUCGCUCAAGAGAAACACGUUCCUGGGCCUGAUAACGAAUACAAGGAAACGACAACAUUGAGGAUUGACAAAGUUAAGGGAAACAUGUUUGUAAACCAGUAUUUGGUGGUCAAGUUCCUUGGCCGUGGUGCCUGCGGCAAGGUGUUUUUGUGCCUCAACACGUAUGACUUGCGCUUGUAUGCCAUGAAGGCCGUCCGCAAGGUGGACCUGGAGAGCUCGCAGCCGCAGCAGCAGGGUGCAAAGAGGCGCAAUCCCAUGGAGGAUCUGAAACGUGAAAUCAUGAUUAUGAAGAAAAUGAAACACAAUAAUAUUGUCACGCUCAGCGAGGUCAUUGACGACCCGGCGGGCUCAAAGUUGCUUCUGGUCAUGGAGUUCAUGGAGGGGGGCCCUGUCCUAACGCGGGAGGCACUGGAGAAGCGCGAACGGCUGCCGGAGAGCUUGGCGUUGCAGUACUUCCGGGACAUGAUCAAGGCGCUUGACUACCUCCACGGCAACAAGGUCGUCCACGGCGACCUCAAGCCUGAGAACGUGCUCAUGGCGGCAAGUGGCGAAGUGAAGCUGUCAGACUUUGGCUGCUCCAAAGUGUUUGCCACCGGGAAUGAGUACUUGGAGCGCUGCAACGGGACACCGGCAUUUUUGGCGCCAGAGAUGAUGAGGCCAAACACGCGCUACCGUGGCCGACCGACGGAUGUGUACGCGCUGGGGGCCUGCCUCUACACGCUGUUGUUUGGACGCAUCCCCUUCUCAGCGCCCAACCUGUACAAGCUGUUCCAGGUGGUGCAGAACGAGCCCGUGCGGUACCCGCCGGACGUCCCUAUCUCGGAGAAUCUCAAGGACCUUCUCAGGGGCAUGCUCACUAAGAACCCACGCGAGCGCAUCACCAUGUCUGAGCUGAUGAAGCACGACUGGGUUACCAUGAACAAGAAGUUUCCGUUGAAGCCGUACCGGGAGCUGAGUGAGGGCGAGACGCAGGAGAUGCACAACGGCGUCACUUGCGGCAUGUCGUUUGCGGAGGCCAACCCGAAGCCUGACUUCCUCAUGGGCCUCGCCAACUUCAGCCGCCACGAGCGGGUGUACCAGGAGGGUGACAUUAUCAUGCGUCAUGGCGAGACGGGUGAGUGUAAGGACUGGAGUGAACAUCCCUACACGCUAACAUGUUGA